AUAUUAAUAGUACUUCCCAAUUCUAGUAUUGUAAAUUUACCAUGGCCAAAACACUCGAGAUCUCCCAUGUCCCUCCCUACUCAGAUUCAUCCAAUUCCCUCUCCGACUUCUCUCUGCCGGUCACUUUCUGCGAUACCUGCUGGUUCAAGUUCCCUCCGGUCGAGCGUCUUUUCUUCUAUUCUCUCCCGCAACCAAAACAAACCUUCUUAAACUCAACAAUCCCAAGACUCAAACGCUCUCUCUCUCUAACCCUCCAGCACUUCCUCCCUCUCGCCGGAAACCUAACGUGGCCUCGAGAUUCCCCCAAGCCCAUCAUCCUCUACAUCCCAAACGACAGCGUUUCUCUCACCGUCGCCGAAUCCAACGCCGCCGAAGACUUCGACUUUCUCGCCGGCGACCAUGCUCGCGAAGCCGCGUCGUUUCACCCCUUCAUUCCGAAUCUGAAAGUUUCCGAAACAGGGGCUUCGGUGAUAUCCGUGCAAAUAACUCUGUUUCCGAACAGAGGAUUUUGCAUCGGCGUGACGUGUCACCACGCCGUUCUCGACGGGAAAUCCACGACCAUGUUCAUGAAAUCUUGGGCUCAUAUUUGCAGAUCGGAGAAAUCGAGUUUACCGCCGGAGCUAACACCUUUCUACGACCGAUCAGUCAUCAGUGACCCAGAUGGGCUCGACAUGUUGUACGUCAACCAGUGGUUGGAGUUUACCAAAUAUAAAGACCCAAAUCCGUUCCAGUUUCUGCCGAGUCUAGACGUGCCGUCGGACUUCGUUCGAGCCACUUUCGAGUUAAGUCGACCCGACAUAGCCAAACUCAGGGAAAAGGUAUCGUCCUCUUGGAACAAAGCAGAAAAGCUCCACUUAACCUCUUUUGCUCUUACACUCUCCUACAUGGCUGUCGGCAUUCUCAAAGCCACAGAAGAAGAUCAUAAAUUAGCCACCAAAAAGCAGAAGGCGUUCUUAGCCUUCACGGUGGAUUAUCGGAACCGUCUGAGGCCGCCGGUCCUGGAGAACUACUUCGGGAAUUGCGUAGGAUGGCUGGUGAACUACGAGGAUUUGAGAGAGAUUUUGAAGGAUCAAGCUGAUCAAGACGCUUUGACCGUCAUGGCUGCGACGGUCAGCGACCUGAUGAAGAAGUUGGAGGAAGAUGUGAUGGAAGGAGCGGCUGAGACUUUAUCGAACGUGCUGGCGGCGUUGGCGGAAGGGAUUCGCGGCUUCUCGGUGGCGGGGUCGCCGAGGUUCGGAGUUUACGGCGUCGAUUUCGGGUGGGGAAAGCCAAAGAAGGUGGAGGUUGUGUCCAUAGAUAGAACUGCAGCUAUUUCCAUGGCGGAGUCUAGGGAUGGAAAUGGAGGGAUUGAGGUUGGUGUGGUUUUGAAGAAAAGUGAAAUGGAUGUUUUCUCCUCUUUCUUUCUCGCUGGCUUAGAGACGCAUGUGUAG